AUGACGCAGAAGGAAUAUGGAAUGCUUGAUGUAGGUAAGCAUUGUCAUUAUUGUAGACAAGUGGAUUUUUUGCCCUUCCAUUGCACAUCAUGUAGUGAGGACUUUUGUGCAUUGCAUAGAAGCAGAGAAGAACAUAAUUGUCGGGGUCUAGUGAGGGGUGGUGGGGACUUAUCAAAGGGGACGAUGAUGGCUGUAUCUGGUUCUAGGAAGGGUGAUAGAGAGGCGUAUUUUAAGUCAUUGCUUCCCGAGAAAUCAGCAGUGAGAGUAAACCAAACCAGGGCGCAGCCAGAAGGUUCAAAUCAAUCGAUAAAGGAUAGAUUGAUUGGUCAAAAGAAUACUUUUGCAUUGGACAAGUUGAAGAAGUUUUUUGACAAGUAUAGUUCUAAGAAGAAUUACAAGUUGAAGUUAACUACGUCGAACAAGACAAUCCAGUUGGCGAAGAUGAAACGUGCCGCCAAGGGAGAUGAAAACAUUCCUCAAUCCAACCGUGUGUAUAUCUGGUGCUACUGCAUAGAUGAAAAGGAACCUAAGGAGUAUGAGAUGUUCAUUAAUAAAGUGUGGCCGUUGGGCAGGGUGUUGGAUUACCUAAGUCAGCAGUUGAAUAUUAAAAAUGUAAAUCUAUCAGCGCCUGCUGAUAUGGACAAGAAAUUGUAUUUGUAUAAAACUGUUAAAGGCUCUGAGUGGGUAUUAUUGGAGCCCUCCGCCCGUGUGACUGGUAAUAUUGAUGAUGGAGAUACAGUUUAUUUAGUUCGUGGGGAGGAUACCAGGCUAAUAAAAUAG